GCUCGGAGAGGCAUGAACAGAAUCUGGAGGCGCCUGCCCAGUGCACUGGGACCGGUCAGCACUGGCCGCCCUCGGGAGCGGACCCCAAGCCCCUCCAGCCAUUUGUGAACCCGGAAGCUUGAAAUUCACCAGCUCCAAGCCCCAGAAGAGAAAUUUCAAUGAAAAGGAAAGCCAAUGGAUUGUGGUCUUAAAAAAGCUGCUUAGAUGAUGUCUGUUUCCAGAGCUUUCAACAUGUGGCAGAGCUGUAAGGAAGCAUUCGGCACUGCAUGAUGAAUUGAAUGGCUGCGGACCGGAGGCAAACAAAAUAAUUGUCUCAUUUUCGUGGUGAUUUGCUUAACUGGUGGGACCAUGCCAGAACGGCUAGCAGAAAUGCUCUUGGAUCUCUGGACUCCAUUAAUAAUAUUAUGGAUUACUCUCCCCCCUUGCAUUUACAUGGCUCCGAUGAAUCAGUCUCACGUUUUAAUGAGUGGAUUCCCUUUGGAACUAAACAGACUGAGUGAAGAACAGCGGAUUUUGAACCGCUCCAAAAGAGGCUGGGUUUGGAAUCAAAUGUUUGUCCUGGAAGAGUUUUCUGGACCUGAACUGAUUCUUGUUGGCCGGCUACACACAGACCUGGAUCCUGGAAGCAAAAAAAUCAAGUAUAUCCUCUCAGGUGAUGGAGCUGGGACAAUCUUUCAAAUAAAUGAUGUUACUGGAGAUAUCCAUGCCAUAAAAAGACUUGACCGAGAGGAAAAGGCUGAGUACACCCUAACAGCUCAGGCAGUGGACUGGGAGACAAACAAACCUCUUGAGCCUCCUUCUGAAUUUAUUAUUAAAGUUCAAGAUAUCAACGACAAUGCACCCGAGUUUCUUAAUGGACCCUAUCAUGCGACCGUGCCAGAGAUGUCCAUUUUGGGUCUACAAGAUCCAGCACACAUAAGCAAUUAGCAUCAUAUUCAAAUGAGCAAGCAGGUGGAUGAAUUUAAACAUAUGCGAUUAUUUUCAAUAUCGGAUGGAAACUUUAAAUGAUAUCUACCAAGUAAACCCUUUGGAUCUGAAGAUAUUUCAACACAUCAUGAUUGAAGUUAUUGCUGUGGUAUCAGCAAUAGUGAGAAAGACCAUUUUGAAGCUCUUCCACCUCCUCAGGUCAUUGAGAUAAGAGUUGUGUUGGUUCUUGAAGGGAGAGUGCCACCUUAGAUAUGGUGUUUGAUUUAAAACCGAGAAGGUAUUCCUUAUUAAUUCUAAGAUUCUGCCUGACUUUUAAGGUAGAUAGAUAGCUCUUUACAUUCUACAGAGCUUCUAUUACUACAGAAACCAAUUUAAGGAGGUAACUCUUAGAUAUGUGAUCCAAGGUUAGGCUUAGGCCAGCUUAAAGAAUAUAAAAAUGUGCUUUCCAGUGUCUGAUUUAAUGCUUUCUUAAAGUGAUCAAAGUUAAAAGCUCAGACUUUGAAGCUAGGCUGGUGUUGGAGUCAUGGCUACUGGGCAAUCAAAGGAAGAGAAUUUACCUCUCUGAAUCUGAGUUUUUCUUUAAAAUGGGAUUAAAAAGAAAAAAAAAUAUAUAUGAAAGGAUAAAUGACUUUGCAUGGCAUGCAGUAUUUCAAUAAAUGUCAGUUUCGCAUGGUUCUGAGAUAUUGACUAUAAUCAUGAAGCUUACUUUUCUGUCAGCAUGCUGUUUCCAAAUUCUUUGAACAUCAAUGUGCAUAAAUUUGUAUCUUCCUCUUUGAUAUUUUUGUU